AAGCAGAGCAGCCGACAGACCACUCGAGCCGUCGACACCCGUCACACGUCGCGCGUACGCUUACACGCGAAGCUUCCGAAUGAUCGCCAAACAUGUUUCUCUCCCCGGAAGUCAGGGGUCUCGUCUUGAUCUUGCCGCCUCUGCUCGCGGUUGCCGUCCGAGCCAACUCGACGACAGCAGCGAACGCUCUGGAAGUGUCUGGAACGCCGUCGACGACUGCUGUUCCCGCAGAAGAGUGCUGCGCACCACGAGGAGGUAGGCACGGCCGUCCAGUACGACUGGGCGCAGCGUGCCAAUGGAGCGCCCAGUGUCCACCGCGCAGUGCCUGCGUCCAGGGCCGGUGCAGGCGCUGCAAGAUAAACGGCAGCACCGGCGGUGGCUCCUGUGCCAUCUGGAAAGAUCGUAAGCGUAAUUCUCUCCAUAUGUUCCGGACAGCAAUGAUAAUAUCAGCCAGUGUUAUCGCCGCGCUGCUCGGCUGCUUCAUCGCAUGUGUCAUCACCAGGGCUUUCCUAGGUCGGUCGGACAACGAGGAAAGCAUCGCAUUCGCGUCAUCAACGGCGACACCUGAGCCGGGGCCCAGGUUCCAGUUGGAAAGGCCGCCUGCCUACACCGACGUCCAACGACAGCAGCAGGAGGAGCUGCCUUCUUAUGUGGAAGCCAUGAGACGCCCUCUGAACACUACGCCACGAACCAACACAGCUUACGUCGUCGAUAUCACCUGACUGCAAUCUGCAAUAAAGCUCCGCAUCAUAAUAUGUCGCCGUGUGUUUAAAUUCCUGAAGCUUGCU